AUGGUGUAUAUGGAGCAAAGUCUAAGACCUCCAUUUCCUCCACCAGGCGUACCUGCUCAAGAAUAUAAAAAAGAUUUAAGCACAAAUGAGUCUGUGCUACCGCCUAAUGGUGCGAUCAAACAGCAGCCACAACAAAUUGUCGCUGCUGUGAGUUCAGAAGUACUGGAAUCCCUACCGACUAUCACACGGACAAAGGACCAACAAGUCGUUCUGGUCGCGGAAGAGGUAGAAGAAUUCUUGAGGAAUGACCUAAAUGUUUCGCGGCUCAACAGCAUUCACGCGUACCUAUGGAUGGCAGGUCGGCCUCUAAACGCAAGGCCGCUGCAGCGACAGAAGAUGAUGGGCAAGGAUAUUAUCCCGACAGAGCAGUUGGAUCUUCACCUUUUGCAUUUCUCGAAUCGGCUGCUUGUCAAACCGCUGCCGGAGUACCUUCUUAACUUUAGCUUCUGGGAGAGAUAUCUUUGUGAAUCCAAGGAGCUGCACGAGACCGCCUGUGGACUCUUGUUGUCAUACGUUUGGCUGAUCUGCUCUCCACUGGACAUGAAAUUGGCGCACGAGCUUGGUCUGGUACCUAUCGACAGAAAAUGGGCUUGGUGGAAGACCUUUGUGGCAGAUUUUGUCUCAAUUAUCGACGUCAAUGCCCUGGACCAGGUCAACCGGCGCUUCCAAUUUGGCGAACUGCGCUUGGGAAGAAUCAACUCCAUAUACAGGAUCCGACUCUUCUUCACACACUCCAUCCGCGGCUAUCUAUAUGGCUACAACCGUUACACGGUCUUUUUCGAGAGGAAAUUCGCCUGGCUACUCGGAGUUUUUGUCUAUUUUUCCCUCGUGCUAUCAGCUAUGCAAGUUGGAUCAAUUGUUCCUCCGUUGAACGAUAAUCAGGGGCCUCUUCAGUCGCUCACUAUCUUCCCACCUACCAUUCGACCCUUGGACGAUUCUGACCAAAGAUCGCCCAUCCGGCUGGGCAGCAUGUUCAAACGAUCUUUCGCUUCUAAGGAUCGCGCAGGCAAGUCUGUCAAGCCGCUCAAGAUUACGUAUCGCGAGGGUACGAAGAAGAAGAUGCAGGAAAGCUUGGACAGUCCCAUGGUGGCAAGCCCUCUCACCAGUCCCAUAAUCACCAUGGUUGUGGGUCGUGAUCAGCGUCUUUUUGCCGCCCACGAGGAUGUCCUCUGCCGCGCACCGUUCUUUGCUGCCUCUCUGAAGGACCAGUUCUUUGAGGCCGGCGCAAAGAAGGUGAAACUGCCCGAUGAAGAACCCGAAAUACUUUCCUGCAUCCUCGAAUUCCUCUACAAGGGUGACUACUAUCCUCGCUUGUUGCAGAAUAAGCGCCGUGACACUUGGGAGCUCGAGGAUGCUCACGACCCAAAAAAAGGUGGUCGCGGUUCCAGCGACUCUACAAUCUACCUUCCUGACGUGGGCGGCCAUGUUCUCCGGGACACCGUCAUCUACUGUGCUGCUGAGAAGUACGGCUUGGAAGAGCUGAAGCGUCUCGCUCUUCGGAAGCAAGGACUUCAGUCUGGCGUCCAAGUCGACGCGAUCUUGCGAUCCGCUCGGUAUGCAUAUGACAACACACCAGACACGGAAUCGCGGCUCCGCGCUCAUUACCUAGCUCUGAUCAUCAGAAGUCGCAAGACUUUCAAGAGGAGCGGAACCAUGCAGAUGGAGAUGGAGAAUGGUGGCAAAUUGUUCUUCGAUCUGUUUGUGGCCAUGUGCAACCAUAUCGACGACAUUGUCGAGAUCAGGUAG